CCGGGAAGCAUGUUGUGUUUAGGGAAAUGAACGUUGACUUGUUUAGCUAUUCGGCCAGAAUCGCGGGACCUUUACUUAUAACCAAAAAUCUAACAAACGCAAACAAGUUCUUUUUUUUUUUUACAUCACAAGCAAUUCAUAUGCAUUUUAUUUUUAAAAUAUAGUGAGUAACUGAUUCAUGACGUUUCGGUUUGUAGACUGUCCGCAAACUCGUGCUUCCCAAGCAAGGAGGCUCUACACUUCAUAGGGCUUGACAUUGUCAGAGCGGAAAAUUUCACUGGGAAAGGGUUGAGUUGCAUCAGUGGCAGCAGCGUUAGUGGUGACAAUGUCUGACUCUAUUAUUUUAGCUCUGAUAGUGUUUCUUAUAUUGUGUUUGAUUGUAACAGUGGUGGCAGUUAUUGUGUACUCUGGGCUGUUCACUGAGGUUAAUAUCAAGACAGGGUCGCCUCCUAUCAAAAACGUUACCAUUGCUUACAAACUUCACAAGGGACCUUAUAAAGACUGUGGUGCUGCCUUCACCGAGACUGUCAGUAUUGGGCCAAAGCUCAAUACCAUCCGUGUGUCCUACGAUGACCCCACAGAGGUGCCUGAUGACCAGUGUCGCUACAUCGUGGGCAGUAUCCUGAACGAGGGAGAGGAGCAGCCUGACGAGGAGCUCCAGAAGCUGUACGAAAAGUUUGGCUUCAAGGUGCUGUCCCUUCCUGAGGUGUCCCUGGCUGUGACCACCACCUUCCCUUCCACCACCCCCCUGUCCCACUGGCUGGCGUCCUACAAAGUCUACCCCGAGCUCCACAACUACAUCAAGGAGAGGCAGCUCCAUGCCUGGCCAUUCAUUGAGAUCAAUACAGGGGACCUGACCCACUACAUGGCUCCACUGUCCUCCCAGAGUGGCUUCCACCACACUGGCUUCGUUGUGCCCGAGCUCAUCACACAGACAGCGGCCAAGACAGCGGUGACAGAGGAAUCCUCGGACCAGGACAGAGGGACGGAUAUUGCAGGUGUAAUGACCCACAGUGAUGUCAGCAGCACUAUGAGUGGCCAGGUGCAGUCAGAGAACACAGAGACGUCUCCGGCCCCCUCGCUGCCCUCUUCACUGCCCCACAGGGACCAGGGGGACGGGAACGAGCAGGGGCAGGCCGAGGAACACAAGGAGCCCAUCAACGACACAGAGCACAGGGACAGGGGCUCCAGCGAGUCAGUGGGCAGCGGCUCGUCCUUUGAGGAACUGGACUUGGUGGAGGAGCUGGAGAGAGAGUUGGGGAAGGAGGAGGAAGGCCUCACGGUGGAGGAAGGAGCCAAGGAAGCCCCAUGAGAGGCUGUCGCUAGCCUUGGGGGGUUGGAGAGGAGUAGUAGAUGGGGUGGUAAAGGGAUGGAUGGAGGUAACUCCUCUGGGUCUAUUAUUCUGGGGUGGUAGAGAGAUUUCUUCAGCGAAUCUUAGUUGUCUUGUAUGCCAACUUUUGUUCAUAGCCAUACAAUUUAUCAUGACAGACAUGCCAUCUAUUUCUGGACCUGUGUACUUUCCUGUACCUAAGACAGUAAUUUCUCUAUUGAGAGAUUAUAACAAAACUCUUUAUCUUUUGUAAAACAUAUCAAUAACAACAGUUCUUCCUUUUUUCAAAGAUUUCUUAAUUUAAAAAAGGGUUUAUCAAUACUAAACAGAUAUAACUAUUGUAGGAUAUGAUACGUUCACCAGUAGAAAAUGAUACACUCUUUGAUUGGAGAUAAAUAUUGUUACAAUAUACUUGUGGGACUGAUGAAAGUCUAUCUUUUUUUUGAUUAAGAUGAACAACAAUUAUAUAUAAUUGAAUAUAUAGUGUAAGAAGAACAAACAUAAGAAGAAAUCAAAGGCAUUUAGUUGUGAAUGAUUUGUAAUUGCAUCUAACAACAUAUUGUGACAAUUGAGAUGCUACCUACUUGCAAUGGGUUACAAUGUUUCCAGAAUACUGUUAUGAUGCCUUUUCACACUAUUUAGUGACCAGAAAAUCCAGAGCAUGUAUUGUACAAGAGGGUAUCUAACGCAAUAUCUGCCUUAUUCAUUUUUACAUGAAUAACAACCUUACAAGGUCAUUUUGCUUUUGCCCUCAAUUUGAAAUAGGUUUGACACCUGGGAAACUCUGAGAACUGGGGCAGGGGUUUAAACCGAGUGGUGUAGAAUAAUCCAUAGAACUGCAAGAAGAGGGGGUUUAGGUGAAAGUCAGUUCAGACUCAUAAAGUCAUCAAGGGCUAGGAUUUACAAAUCAACUCUGAGAUGGAAACAGUCUGAAAAUACUGUAUUUUUAUUCAUCUGGUAGAUUUAUGUUAUCUAACAGUUGAACAAUAUAGCCAAUCAAAAGAAAAUAUUUGAAAUCUUCCCCUUUCAGAUGAUCUGUUCUAUUACUUUGGCCCUAGGUGUUUCCAGUCGAAAUCAAAUCAAAUGUUAUUGGUCACAUACACAUGGUUCGCAGAUGUUAAUGCGAGUGUAACGAAAUGCUUGUGGUGUAGCGAAAUGCUUGUGUCUAGCAACUUGUUCAACUACUCUGGUCUGUCAUGUGUGCCAAUAUAAUCUUUAGUCUUUGACUUGAAUCCGGGAUACGAUGUUCCACUUCUUGUAAGUAUUAUAACAACUUCCUGUAUGGCAUGUUGAUUAUCCUAUGAUAUAGACAUGGGGCUCACGUCAUUUUGUUUUUGUCACAUGUUCUUCUGUUGGAUCUCUUGUCUUGUGCUUUGAACAAGACAAGAUAAUGUACACUGCCAUGGAGAUGUCUUUCUGUUUGGAAUAAACAUGUUUAAUUGCAAAUGUUAA